UUUCACCCAGUUAAGCGCAUGUACUUAAAAGACAGGCCACUACCAUUCACCAACACAAGCACGAUUAACACUUUAUUAAUGUCGGCCAGGUAAGAUCGCUCGCUGCGGGGACUCGGACCACUGGGAGCGGACCAUGGCGGCUGCCACGAGCAGCAACACAUCCACAGCCACGCUGCAGAUCAAGCACUCCAGUAUCGAGCAUACGCGGAAACGCAUAGACCCGAGGAGGAGGCAAGCGGCGUUGUCCUUUCUCAGCAACAUUUCCCUGGAUGGACGACCCGUGCAAGACGAUGCAGACAAUCAGAACGAGGAGGAGGACUCACUUGACGCUAGGACUAGUCAGAGCCUGGUUUCUCCGGAGCGCACGGCGUACGGGGCUGCGGCUGCUGCGGCGGCGGCUGCCUCCACGGCCGCCGAGGCGCUCGCUUUUGCAAACCAGGCUCUGUUAGCUAACAGACGGGGUAGUUUCGGGACGGGUCCCGCAGCUGCCCCGGUGGGUGCAGACUCGGAGGGCGACGCUUUCCUGCCCUCCACUUUCAGCUCGCCGUUCUCCGCGGUGCCAGUGUCGACUAGAGGGAGGCUGCAGACGUACACUCAGGGAAUCCUACCUGCCCCAUACUCCAGGCAAAACCCCCAGAACUACAGCCUGGAGGGCGGACAGAUAGCCAACUCUGCGAUAGAGCUGCAGAGAUCAAGACGAAGACUCAUCUCUCAACGCUCUUCGCUUGAAACGCUAGAGGACAUUGAGGAGAACGCUCCUCUUCGCAGAUGCCGGACCCUAUCGGGUUCACCCCGACCAAAGAGCUUUAAGAAGAUCCACUUCAUAAAGAACAUGAGGCAACAUGAUAUGCGCAAUGGAAGGAUAGUCCUAAUCAGUGGCAGAAGAUCCUUCUAUAGUGUUUUUUCUGUCCUGCCAUAUCGAGAUUGUAGCCAAGCAGGGGAUGUGAAGCUGGAAGGAGGAGGGCGUCAGCGGCAUCCGUCAGGAAGCGCCAAGGAGAUGGUGAUAGGACUGGAGGGAGUGGAGCUAGGAGCGGAUGGAAAGACUGUGUCCUACACCCAGUUCCUGUAUCCCACUAAUGCGCUGGGUGGUCGUAGAAACACCAUCGACUCCACCUCGUCCUUCUCUGCGUCUCGUAACGCCAGCCAUAGAAGCCUCAGUUUGGGCCGAGCCAACAGCAACCAGAGCAGCGUAGACACAGGGAAUGAUUUGGGGGAAUUUCGUGAGUACGAUCCCAACCUGCUAGAUGACCCGCAGUGGCCUUGUGGAAAACACAAGAGGGUCCUCAUCUUCCCCUCAUACAUGACUACGGUCAUUGAAUACGUCAAACCCUCUGACCUCAAGAAAGACAUGAACGAAACCUUCAAGGAGAAGUUCCCCCACAUAAGGCUUACCCUCAGCAAGAUUAGGAGCUUGAAAAGAGAGAUCAAAAAAUUGGCCCAGGAUGAAUGUGGUUAUGAGGAACCAACGGUGGCCAUGGCUUUCGUCUACUUUGAGAAACUGGUGCUUCACGGCAAACUGAACAAGCAGAAUCGUAAACUGUGCGCUGGAGCUUGUGUCCUACUGGCGGCCAAGAUUGGCGGCGAUCUCAAGAAACACGAGGUCAAGCACCUGAUAGACAAACUGGAAGAGAGGUUCAGAGUGAACCGCAGAGAGCUGAUAGCCUUCGAGUUCCCGGUGCUGGUGGCGUUGGAGUUCAACCUGCAGCUGCCAGAAAACGAGAUCAUGCCUCACUACAGACGCCUGCUGCAGACCUCCUAGCAUUAGUGAACCAUCAGGAGGACGCCCAGCUCCUUCUGAUCCUCUGCUUCCCACGGUAUCCAUCCUCCAUCCCCCAUCCUCCAUCCCCCCUCUCUCUUUGCCACGUCUGACGGCUCCGAGGUUCAGCCGGCUGUCACUCACCUGCAGCCGACAACUCUCCUCCCUCUCAGGAGAUCUGAAAUCAGCCAAAGGGACACAUUUUCUAAAACGUUCCUCCCUUGUUUGACUUUAUUCAUCUUCACAACACAGACUUCUGACAGAAAUUGUUCAACCGUCUGCAAACAGGUUGUUUGCAUGUUUUAACGUCUUCAUAUUCACAUUGUAUAUUUCAAAGCUCUCUUGUUGAUUAAGAGAGCCUUUUUUGUUUGAAUCUGAUGGGGACAUUUUUGACAGUUAAAGCAACCAAUGAUUGUAACAUUUUAUCAUCUCUUUUCAUUAAUCUUCUCCAUGUAUGAUUGGUUGCCUCUUGACUUGCAUAAAAUCUAAACAAAAGCCUUUUCAAGCGGCUGGUUUUGGCUGGACUUCCUCCGAGUGACUCGUGUUUUUCGCAAGUAAUCAUCUUAAAGUGCACUUUUUUAAUAUUGCGAGACAUAGAGGGAAGAGAGACAGUUUUAAUGAGCUUGAACUAACCCUGGAAAAUAAGCUGUGUUCAUAAACACCACUCACAAGUCAUUUGAAAUAACGUUUUGGAUUAUUUAUCUCAUUUUCUAUCUGCACGAAAAGUAUUGAUUGUUUGCAUACAGGUCCUUGCAGACAAGAUGGGACUUCCUAUUUUCACUGAAGUAUUCCAUUGAUUUUCUACCAUUCCUUUCAUUUUCUACCAUUCCAUUCAUUUUAUAUCAAAUGCUUGCUAUGGACUUAAUGAGACAAGACCCACUUUUAUCAGUGUUGAGUUUCCUGUGCUCUAUGUUAGAGUAUAUUGCUAGCACAUUUACAGUGCUAUAACGGGGUCAGGAAGGCAGGUUUGAAGAGGUGUUCAUGAGUGCAAAAAUGCCAUUAAACAGUGAUCAGGAUUAGCAGCAGAUUGGCCACAUGGUGCUCUGGUAUUGAGAGUAAAUUACUUUACCUGGACUGAAACCCUGUGCAAGUAAUCCUCCGUCCUGCUGAAGUGUACUUCAGGCUUCAAGGACACUUUAUUUGUCCUGAUUCCUGAUCUCUGAGGCGGAGGAAAAUCUUAACAAGAUCCUGACUGGAAUCAAUGAGGGAUGCAACAUUUUCAUAUCACUCGAAUCAGAGUUUGUUGAUUUGGAAAUAAUGUUUUUAGAAACAACAAAUAAUCUAACUAAUUAUAGUAUAGUUACAUUCAUUCGGCAUGUAUCUCAAGUUGAUUUCAGCUUCUUUAUAUUACCUUAAAAUAGUUUAACAAAAUACCACAGAGUGUUGAGGAAAAAGGUAUUUCAUGCUGCUCCAAGUAUUGACGAUAUGAGUUAAAAUGAUCACAAUAUCAAAACAAAUUGUAAUGAGAAAAGCAUGGUGAUUAAAGGUGAACAAAUGCUGAGCUUAUUUCUGUUUGCAAGCCCAAAGAGUUCGCUAUGAGAUGCACACUGAAGACUCUGUGAGGAAAGACUGGUGGGCAACUCUUAUUUCCUGUGUAUGUUUGUAAAUAAAUUGCUUUGCUUGUUCAAUCAAAAAAA